AUGAAGACUUUGCCUGUAUAUCUGCACCUUCAAACAAGAAAUCUAGAGUAAUAUCUACAGAGACAAAUAGAGAAAAAAGGGAAAAGCAGAAAAAGCCACACAAAGAGGUGACUACAGUGCUGAAGAAAAUACCCAAUAAGAGGUGCAGUGCAGUGAAUUGUUUAGACUAACUAACUUUGGGCUUCAACAAAAGUUGACAGAAAUUCCAAGGUUAGCCUUAGAUGACAAACUUUACCAGAGAGAUUUAGAAGUUGCAUUAGCCUUGUCAGUGAAAGAACCAUCUGCAGAUGUCAUUGAAGUGCAAGAGUCACAAGAAAAAGACACUAAAAAAUGUGCAGCUAUUGAAUUAAAAAAUGUAGGCAGCAGUUCCCUCCUCUCCAACUGCAGUGAAGAUAGAGCUCUCUUAGGUCCCAAUCAGGUCACACAUGACAAUGACAUUCUGCCAGGUGGCUGUAGGCAAAGAAGAGCAGCAUCUAAAGCUGUGUCACAGCAGAAGUUACUGACAGAUGACAGUGAUGAGGGAGACCAUGCUGAUAAUUAUGAGCCAGAGUUUGUGGCCGAUGAGGGAUUAGAGAGCAAUUCAGAUUUCAGUGAGGAAGAUGAUGAAGACUUUGCUGCAAAAAAAGAGAAAACUAAAGAAAAUAAAAGGAAACAAAAUAAGUUAAAAGUGCGAACAGAAAAAGAGAAGAAAUCCCCCAAAUACAGAAAUAAUGCUACAGACAAAGUGACUCCAGUAGUUUCUUCUCCAUGGAUUAUCCAAGCAAAAUCUCAGUCAACACUGGAGAAGUCAUCAAGUUCUUCGGAACCUGUUGGAAAACCUUUAUAUACAUCAAGUCCCUCAAGAGACAAGAAGAAGCCAAAAUGGACACCACCAGGAAGAAAAUUGCUUCCAAGCCUGAAAAACUAAGAAUAGGCAGAUCUAGCGUCCUCCCUGUCAUCAUUAAAUCAGGGAAAAAAACACAAUUAACACAGGCAAAGCCAAAGAGGUUUGAAAAUCAUCUCCCUGCAGAACUCUUCAAUGCCACUUCUGGAGUAGUUGGAGAGAGUGUUAUUAAGGAAAAGGAAGCGAGUGCUGUUGUUCACAAUAUGAAACAAGACUGUGAAAGAAACAAUAUCAACUUGGGUCAAAUAAAUUCCUGCGCAUACGGAAGAACUCCUAGGGGAGAUGUGUGUCAUUCAGUAUGCAAAGGAAAAGCAGUCCAAAACUCAUCAAGUGACACAGACUGUAUUCAAGUAUCUUUGUCUCUACUAGACCAGACACCUGCAGUCCAAAGACAGAAUCAGAUAAAGUCUUAUGUCAAUGAAGACAAUUCCCAGAUAUACAAAAUCAAAAAAGGAAUCUUGCUGCAGACAAAUCAGAAGUACCUACUUGAGAAGUCUUCCCAAGUAGAUUCAUUUCCUCCAGCUCAACAGCCAGCUCAGGAGAGCAAUUGUCUGGGAUCCAGCAAAGUCUUCCAUCAGAAAUUCAAUAGCAGUGUUAGUUCACUCCCUCAUCUGGAAGGCCAAACAAAGCAGAAUUUCGUUGUAAGUGCUGCCAGACCUCAUCCACAAGACAGCAGCUUUCCUCAUAUAACAAAGAACCUGCAAAGUGUGCACCCAUUGCUUCAGGAAAACAGAUCUCGAGGCCAGCCACAUUUUUCCCGAUUUAACCUUGCAGAAAACCUGCCUGAAAGUGCUACCAGAGUUCAGCCCAAUAAGCCAGAAGUAGAAGGAAGCAAUACCAGUCUCAAGCUACCUCUGACAGCUCCAGAAGCCUUGAAAUAUUUUAGAAACCAGUUAACAGUGUAUGAGCAAGAAGAAAUUCUAAACUAUGCAGAGCUGUGGUUUCUUGGGCUGGAAGCUAAAAAGAUUGAAGGGUUACCAGAAACACAGAAUAAUAAUUGUUAUGAUGAUGAACAUGGCACUUACAUAAAGGUCCUACAUGACCAUAUUGCAUACCGCUAUGAAGUUCUGGAGGUCAUUGGGAAAGGGUCAUUUGGACAAGUAGCAAAAUGUUUGGAUCAUAAAACCAAUGAAUUAGUGGCAGUGAAAAUAAUAAGGAACAAGAAAAGCAUAGGAACAAGGGAUCAUAAUCAGAAGCCAUAUCAUGUGACUUUGUCCUGUGCAUAUAAAGACAAUACACACAAUGUUGUCCACAUGAAGGAAUGCUUUUACUUUCGCAAUCACUUCUGCAUUUCUUUUGAACUGCUAGGAAUAAAUUUGUAUCAGCUGAUCAAGAAGAACAAGUUCCAAGGCUUUAGUUUGUCUUUGAUUCGACGAUUCACUCAGUGUGUGCUGAGGUGUUUACAAAUGCUCUACCAGGAAAAAAUUAUCCACUGUGACCUGAAACCUGAGAACAUAUUACUAUACCACAAAGGCCAAAAUUCAGUAAAAGUUAUUGACUUUGGAUCAAGCUGCUAUGAACACCAAAGAGUGUAUACGUAUGUUCAAAGCCGAUUUUAUCGCUCCCCCGAAGUGAUUCUUGGUCAUCCUUAUGCUACUCCUAUUGAUAUGUGGAGCCUGGGGUGCAUUAUGGCUGAACUUUAUACAGGUUAUCCCCUUUUUCCAGGAGAGAAUGAAGUAGAACAACUUGCCUGCAUCAUGGAGAUAUUGGGUCUUCCACCAUCUGAUUUUAUCCAGACUGCAUCAAGAAGACGAACAUUCUUUGAUUCCAGAGGUUUUCCUAGAACUAUAACAAACAGCAGAGGGAAAAAAAGACACCCAGACUCCAAGGAUCUAAGUACCGUAUUAAAAACUCAAGAUGCUGCUUUCCUGGAUUUUCUGAGAGGUUGUCUAAUGUGGGAACCAGCCCUCCGCAUGACUCCAGAUGAAGCAAUGCAGCAUGCAUGGAUCCAGGAACCAAGAAUACAGAAGUCAAGACAAAAUCCCCACUCGGCAAGUGAAAGCUCCUUCUUCACAACAGAGAAGAAAAAGGAGAGUAUCCAUAAACAUACACUGCCUGGACAAGGAGACGAAAACACCUGUCAAGAUAUGGUUGAUAAAGUAAAAUGUGAACUGACUGAAAAUCCUACUGCUGUAAAUGAAAGACUAACCCUCAACACACCUUCCUCAGAUACAAUGGAAAAUAAAGCACAGAACCCAACCAAACAAGUUAUUUCAGAGAAAGAACCGGAAACCCCAGUGGAAAAAGUUGUCAAAAGAGACAAAGCAGAACACAGCAGUGAAACAGCUCUUCACAAAAAUUCAACAUACUUACCACCAAUUAAGUAACAUUCGGCAUAAGUAAUUACUGGUUCGAUUUCAACACCUGCCUGGUAUGUUUUGUAGGCAACCAUUUUAACUGUACAAUAUUCAGAAACAUCAUUUUAAAUUCUAACUCUCCACACAUGGGCUAUGCACAUUUGUAGACCUUUUCAAUGCUCAUUUUAACCUAGAUUAAGCCAGGUAACCAAAACAGAAUGUGUGCAGGAAAAACUUUUCUGAAUGUUACCAACAUUCUUGUGAUCAAAGAUUCUUCACAACCCACUGCAAUAUUUUUAAUAAAAAGGAGAGACUAGAGGUGGAUUUUUUUGAUAUUAUACUGGACAAGUGCAUUCAAGGACUCUGGCUUCUUGGGAGUUAAAAUUCUGGAAGACCCACAGAGAUCAUGGGGUCUGAAUCUCACUUCACUUAAACCGAUAUAAAUCAGAAAUAAUUCUACUGAUGUUAGUGGAUUUAUGUUAGUGUAAAUGAGAGAAGAACCAAAUUCAUUGUGUCUCCUCCCUCUCUGUCAUUGCAGCAUCUCUGAACAGAAUUAGAAACCCAAAUUAAGAUCUAAGAUGAGGUGCAGACUGCAGACCGUAUUUAUAAAGGGCAAUGGGAAAAAAGACCAAUAAGCCCAGGCAUGCAUUACACCCCCCUGCAGGGACCCCUAUUCGAUUUUUAUAUCAAGGCAAAAAGAUAGAUGAAGGAGUGAGAGUCAAUGUCCUGGUGAAUGAGCCCUCAAAGGGAAGCUGACUUAAUUCAUGACAAAAAUCAGAUUUGUGAGAUUGCCAACCCCAAUCAGUAACCUUACAGCACCUACCACUAUGGGGAUCUUAUUUCUUGUGGGGGCUAUCAGAACUAGUAUAAUACAAAUAAUAAUGCGGGCGCUGCCUUGCAGGAUACAGGGAAUCCCAUCUCAGUCCUCUCCCAUCUCAGUGGUGCCAGAGCAGAAGAACAAUUGGGUGAGUGGUUAGAGUCACACUAUCAGUGACCUCACAUAGGCUCUACAGGCAGGGAAAUAUUCCUGCAGGAUUUAGGAAUGAUCACCCAUUGAUGAGCUCCCAAAGGCCCACAUUGGACAAAGGUCUUGUAAGAUAUGGGGUGACUGUGUCAUUGAAUUCAUGGAGGCCCCAUCCCAGGUGAGCAGUCCUACCAAAUGCAGAGAUGUUGGGAGAGUAAAAUGUUCUGCAAGGUACAGUAUGAUUAUAGAAUGUGUCUUAGAAAAUGUUUGUGCUAAGUGAAAAGGUGCAAGAAACUGUUAACAGCCACUGAAGGCAUGAAGGCAAGAGGAUAAAUUGGGCCUCAGAGAAAGAAAGAGUACAGAGUUCAGUGUACUAUCUGCAUGACAUCAGGUUCCUGCUUGAUGCUGGAAAUUAUAAGAAGCUGGUGAGUAUCCACCUGAAAUGCUGGAUACCUUAUUGGAUGCUGCUGGUGGUUCUUGUAACACUACUGCCUAAGACAUCCCUGCAACCAAACAGUGAAUAUCAGACUAUCAUCACCUUCAGAAUUGUAGUUGAAUGGCAAAGGGGAAAUUCAGGCUGUUUUGAUUUGAUUAUUAUUCAUUCUCCCUCACUAUUAUGCUUAGUGACUUAGAUUACUUUCAUGUAAAAUAUUGCUCCUCCACUCAGAGUUACAACUUGUGUAUUUGUCUACUCCAAUUUGGAACAAAUUGGGGCUGCAGCCAUUCUUGAUUGCACUGGAGUUCCCAGAAUGAAACUAAGGACACAGUUUGGCCUAUUGUGUCAUUGCUACAAUUGUGUUCACUAGACAAUCUAUUUUGCAGAGAACAUCUUCCAGUAAGUAGCUGUAUUAUAUUCUCAGGUAUUUAGACUGGUAUCUCCCAACUUCUCAGUAAAGCUGCUGUUGAAUCUAAGGCGCGUUUAGUGCUCAGGGCAAUGUGACAUAUAAACCCAUCUGCAUUGGAAUUCAAUCCAACCAUCAUCUCUCACUCACUGGUAGAGUAUGUGUUGAUGGUACUUAAACAUAGUUGCAUGGCUCUAUAUUUGUUUCUUAUUUUCCCUUCCUAGUAGCUACAUUUUUCAUGCUAGUCAUCAGCUCCCAGCUCCAUCUCAACUAUGGUCACCCGCGUCACCCUUUCCUGACAGCUCUUCCUUUGUUAACUAUCAGAUUCAUGAUCAGAGGCCACAGGGAUGAGCAUUUGGUAUAAGUUCCUGGAGAAGCAGGCAAACAGCUUCAUGUGCCGCCACUGCCCACAAGUUCGCUUACAGAACAGAAAACAGUGGGCAUGGUCGUCAUGUACAUGUAGUCCUUCAUGCAGUAAAAGAAGUCUUUAAAAUACAGAACGCUCCUGUGUUCAGUGCUCUCCCUGUUCUUAGGCAGAAUGAGCAAAGUGAGAAAUUGUUGCAAACAAAAAGAACAGCUGGAUGAUCCACAGUAUGAGAAGCCCAAUUUAUAGACUUUAUUUUAGUCCUAUAGGAUUCAAUGUACAUUAUCUUGCCUUUAUUUAUAGUUCUGUCUUUAAAAAUGCAUUAUGGAAACUGUUGUCUGUAAGUGAUAGUAGUACUGUGCCCUUCUGUAGCACCUUGUACUCUAGAACGAAAGGCAUUUUGCAGAUAUAAAAUAAGCACCAGAACACCCCAUAAUAGGUUGCGUAAGUAUUAUUAUACAAAGUCACACAGCAAGCAAUGUCAGAGCCAAGAAUUGAACCUAGGAAUCUCUAUUUGGACUUCCUACUCUCUCUCCUAAUAACAUUAAAUUAUCAUGUAUAAAUUUGCUUAAUGUUGUCAUGUUACUCAUGUAAUAUUCUUUAAACAAUAUUCUUAGUACAAAUAAAGUAA